AGGGCCAGCAUCUACCACUCUGUCAUCAUCAACACCUCCAAGGAGAUGAUGUGUUUCAGUGAUUUUCCCAUUCCUGCUCACUUCCCCAACUUCAUGCACAACUCCCUCAUCAUGGACUACUUUCGAAUGUAUGCCGAUCACUUCCAGCUCACCAAGCACAUACGCUUCAAUACCAAAGUCUUGCAGGUGAAGCAGAGAUCCGAUUUUUCUCAUUCAGGCCAGUGGGACGUUGAGACGGAGAACAAGGAAGGCAAAAAGGAGAAACACAUUUUUGAUGCUGUGAUGAUCUGUAUUGGACAUCACUGCCACCCCAACAUGCCACUUCAUGACUUCCCAGGCAUUGACACUUUCAAGGGAAAGUAUUUUCACAGCAGAGACUACAAGACUCCCGAGGAGUGGAGGAAUAAAAAGGCUGUAGUGAUUGGAAUAGGAAACUCUGGAGGAGACAUAGCAGUGGAACUGAGCAGAGUCACCAAGCAGCUGUACCUGAGCACUCGAAGAGGCGCCUGGAUUCUGAACCGAGUUGGGUACCAUGGGAUGCCCCUUGAUUUGUUUUUUAACAGGAUGUUGACUUUCCUGCAGAAAAUCUUUCCCUUUGGUUUUUUAUGUGGUCUGGCAGAGAGACAGCUCAGCCAAAGAUUUGAUCACGCUCUGUACAAUCUUAAACCAAAGCACAGGUUGUUAAGCCAACAUCCCACAGUCAAUGAUGAGCUUCCCAACCGCAUCCUAUCUGGAACAGUUCAGGUGAAACCCAACAUCCGCAGAUUUCAGGGUUCCAGUGUGGAGUUUGAUGAUGGGAGUGUAGUGGAAGAUGUUGACCUGGUGGUGUUUGCCACAGGUUACAGGUUUUCCUUUCCAUUCCUGGCCUCACAUGUGGUCUCAGUGUCUGAGAACAAAGCGUCUCUGUACAAGUAUGUGUUUCCUCCUGAGUUGGACCGCCCCACUCUGGCUAUCAUUGGUCUAGUGCAGCCCCUGGGAGCCAUUAUGCCCAUCUCUGAGAUGCAGGCCAGAUGGGCCACACGGGUCUUUAAAGGCUGCAUCAAGCUUCCAUCAGUGGCUUCCAUGCUAAAAGACAUCCAGUGCAAGCAGGAGACAAUGGCUAAAAGGUAUGUAACCAGUCAGAGACACACCAUCCAGGUCGACUAUAUCCGCUACAUGGAUGAGAUAGCAGAGCUGGUGGGGGUUCGACCCAACAUCCCGAGGAUGCUGCUGACUGAUCCCAGACUGGGACUGAACGUGAUGUUCGGCCCCUGCACGCCGUACCAGUAUCGUCUCAGGGGGCCAGGAAAGUGGGCCGGAGCCCGCCAGGCCAUCCUCACUCAGUGGGAGAGAGUGGCUCAACCCAUGCAGACCAGGCCCUGUGAUGAGCCCAAACCCAAGAGGUCGUUUGUUUGGCCUCUGAUUCUGACAACUGCUGCUGUGGGUUUGGCUGCCUACUUUAACAGGAACAACCUUCCAGCUUUCCUACAAGAUCCCACUGCACUGUUGGACAAGAUUAAACUGCAAAUGUCUGCUCAGUGAUGUGAAAUUGAUACAGCUGUGAUUACUCUUUUAACACGUUUAUUAUACGUGUAUGCGAUUUUUAUAUUAUACUAUCCCAACUCCUGAAAUGGACAAUAUAUCCAGAUACAUUAGUCAAUGAUUCCCACCUCAUGGUGAUUUCAAAGUCCAACUGAUGUUAUAUAAAACUUAGAUUCAACUUAUCACUUUGUGUGAUUGCUAUAGGACCCUGGUCUGGGAUCUCUUAACUUGGCAAAGCCAUAUGCUCAUACUAGCUGUUAAAUAGCUACAGCUUUUAUUCUGAUGUUCAUUCAUGUACAAUCCUCAAAUAUGUAUUGUCAUUGUAAUUCAUUUUUCCCACUGUAGGCUUUGUUUUCAGGUAGAGGAUAUCACAAUCACUACAUAUCCAAAUUGCCUCGGACUUGUAGUUAAAAAUCUGGUGAAUCUGGAUUUACUAAGGUAAAAUUAUGAAUACCGUAAUUUAUGGUGUAAUACUUAGGUGUAUGUCUAAUCCUUGUAUAUUGUUUGUAAUUUGUAUUGAAUAUAUUAGAAUAUAUUUAAUCCUGAUCUUUAUGCUUUAUAUAAGAAAGGAUGACUAUUGCACAUACAUUUUUGAUACCCUAUUUUUACCAAAUGUUUACCCAUUCCUGGCACCAGAGUAUCUUAUGACAGAGUCCAUGAUUGUGUAAAUAACUGGACUGGAAGAUUUUAUCACCUUUCUGAAUUGAAAAAUACUUUGAUGAAUAAAAGAAUGAAAAUUC